UUAUCAAAUUAAAUCCCCAAAAUUUAAGCAAAUAAGACCAUCUCUCUUCGCUCCUCUCCUCUGCCUCUCUCCCUUUUCUUUGAAUUCCCUUCCACUUCUCGCCGAUACGCCACGGCCACGGCCACCCUGCUGGAUCUCUCGUUCCCAAAGAGAGCCUAGGGUUUCCAAUUUCAAAUUUCGAACAAUCCUAGGGGUUUGGAAGUUGGAUUUUUCCAAAGUUUCUAGGGUUUCCGUUUCAGUUUGUUAUUGAAAUUUCUGAAUUUGGGGUUGAUUUUGGGAUUGCUGGAUCUUGGGGAAAUUGGGGAAUUGAGGGGAGGUGUGGAUUUGGAUGAGAGAGGAGGUUGUUGGUGUAUUUGUUUGUGCUAGAAGGGACUUUGGCCUCGUCGUUCGGACUGGUGCAAAUGUGGAUAGUUUAGUUUUCUUCUAGGUCUUCUUCAUACAAAGAUUUUGUAUCUAGAACUUUAUCAGUCGUCGUUUUCCUUUGAGUUCGAAUUUUGUUCGAUUACUAGAAGAGCAAGACGAAGAUGAUGCGUCCUGAUCACCAAAAUAAGCAGCUGAAAGAGAUGGACUUUUUCACCGAAUAUGGUGAAGCUAAUAGAUAUAAGAUUCUCGAAGUCAUAGGGAAGGGAAGUUAUGGGGUUGUUUGUGCAGCUAUUGACACACAUACUGGGGAGAAAGUUGCAAUAAAGAAAAUACAUGAUAUCUUUGAGCACAUCUCUGAUGCCUUUAGGAUCUUGCGUGAAGUUAAGUUGCUUAGACUUUUAAGACAUCCUGAUAUUGUCGAAAUUAAGCGGAUCAUGUUGCCACCUUCAAAGAAAGAGUUCAAAGAUAUUUAUGUUGUUUUUGAGCUCAUGGAGUCAGAUCUUCACCAAGUUAUCAAGGCUAAUGAUGACUUGACCCGCGAACACCAUCAAUUCUUUCUUUACCAGAUGUUACGUGCUUUGAAAUAUAUGCAUACAGGUCUGCACUAUGACCUAAGAAUUAGUGUUUUGGUUGCAGCAAAUGUGUAUCAUCGAGAUCUUAAGCCAAAAAAUAUACUGGCAAAUGCAAAUUGCAAGCUCAAAGUUUGUGAUUUUGGACUAGCAAGAGUUGCCUUUAAUGAUACUCCAACAACAAUAUUUUGGACAGACUAUGUUGCUACAAGAUGGUAUAGAGCUCCAGAAUUAUGUGGGUCAUUCCUUUCCAAGUACACACCUGCAAUUGAUAUAUGGAGUAUUGGCUGCAUCUUUGCCGAGGUAUUGACAGGGAAGCCAUUGUUUCCGGGUAAAAGCGUUAUUCAUCAAUUAGAUUUGAUCACUGAUCUCCUCGGAACACCUCCGCUCGAGACCAUCUCUGGAGUUAGAAAUGAGAAGGCAAGGAAAUACUUGGAAAUGCAGAGAAAACCUCCUGUGCCGUUUACACAAAAAUUUCCUAAAGCAGAUCCUCUAGCGCUGCGCCUAUUACAAAGGCUAUUGGCUUUUGACCCAAAGGAUAGACCAACUGCUGAGCAGGCACUAGCUGAUCCUUACUUCAAGGGUCUAGCCAAAGUUGAGAGAGAACCUUCUUGCCAGCCUAUUUCGAAGAUGGAAUUUGAAUUUGAAAGGCGAAGAGUCACAAAGGAGGACAUCAGGGAACUAAUUUACCGGGAAAUACUAGAAUACCAUCCUCAGCUACUUAAGGACUACUUGAAUGGAACUGAAGGCACAAGUUUUACGUAUCCGAGUGCAAUAGGCCAAUUCAGAAAGCAAUUUGCGUAUCUCGAGGAAAAUGGUGGGAAAAGUGGACCGGUUAUUCCUCCAGAGAGGAAGCAUGUCUCCCUUCCACGAUCCACCGUUCACUCAAGUACAGUCCCCCCUAGUGCACAGUCAAAUUUGGUCUCGUAUGAGAACCGACAGACAGAUGAGGCUUGUAGCAGUUUUAGAGUAACGGACACAAUUUCUGGAAAUGCACCAAAAGUUUCAAGGCCACCACCGAGGGUGCCAACAGCAAAACCUGGGCGAGUUGUUGGACCAAUUCUUCCAUACGAGAAUGGCAGAAAUGUGAAGGAAAUGUAUGAUCCGAGGACGUUAUACAGAAACGCAGUUCCUCCUCAGUCUGUCUCUCCACACUGCUUCUUCAGAAUUCAUACUGCCAACCAAGACAAGGCCGGAGUGGAGGUGCAGAGGUAUGAAUCACAUGCUAAACUGCAACCCCAACCCGAACAGUGCAACUUAGCAGCAAAGCCUUCUCCGGGCAUGGUCAUUGAAGUCAAUACAAACCCGUACUACCCGCCACCUGCCAAAGUAGAUCAAUUAAGCUCGAUAGAUUCAAAAUUACUGCACGCGCAAUCUCAGUUUGGUCCUGUAGGUGCCGCUGCUGUAGCUGUAGCUGCUCACCGGAACACUGGAGCUGUUCAGUAUGGAUUGUCUUGAGUGGGUUCAAUGGAGGAGGGUGGAGUGAUUGUAUAAAAUCCAUUUUUUUCCCUUUCCAAUUGUGCCUUGUGUAAUUAUGUGUAUGCACUAUUGGGUAUUAAUAAUGAUAGAGUGCUAUUUUCUAA